ACGUCCAUGUCCGAAGACGGAGAUGAUCCGUCAUGCUACAUGGUGCAGGAGACGACGUUCGAUUACGAGUAUGACGAAACGUUCGACUGGAGUAACAUGACUGCGAUGGACUGCAACUGCACACAUCCGUUGCACAAGUAUCUUGAGGUUUGCAUUUCUCGCUGCACUGUACCCGAUGACACUGUUUUCUUCUCAAUGACCGACGAGGAGUUGUUCGAGAUCGCUCUUCCCGGCUUCUUAUAUCUCACUGUUUUUCUAGUUGGAACUAUUGGAAACUCUAUGGUAAUAUUUGUUGUAAACCGAUUCAAACGAAUGCGCAACGUAACGAACAUCUUUCUCGCCUCGCUCAGCACCGCCGACUUGUGCCUUAUCUGGUUUUGUGUGCCUAUAAUGUUCAUGAAGUAUAUGUCGCAUACGUGGUCGAUGGGCAGGUUUGCGUGCUAUUCUGUGCACUACAUUCAACAGUUUACAUGCUUCUGCUCGGUGCUCACGAUGACUAUGAUUAGUUUUGAGAGGUUUCUUGCAAUAGCAUAUCCUAUGCGAAAUAUCUGGUUUUCAUCCAUAGGACGAGCUAAAAAAGUAAUCCUACUCAUCUGGAUGUCAUCCGCGGUACUGGCCGUCCCAACCGCUGUUCGGAUGGAUUAUGAGACCAAUCUUUCAUUGUCCGGGCAGAGGGUGCAUUGGUGUCGAAGACGGUUUCCCGCGCAAUUUUUAGGAUAUCCUAGGACAUCGUUGAAUAAAGCAUAUGCCAUGUAUCAGUUGUUGCUACUUAUCAUAUUCCCGGUGCUCACAAUGUCCAUAUGUUAUGCUCGUGUAUCUGCAAUAGUGUACAAGUCGUCGAAAGAUCGUGUAAUACUUUCCCAAGCUAUGGUCGCAUUUUCAAAGGCCGCCACUGACGCCGUUACCUUCUCCGGCUACUCUGCAAUCCCCAUGAUUACAACUUCCCGGAACUUGAAAACCGCCAACACGACCAUCAAGUCCUACAGUAAUCACAGAAAUAAUCGCGUGGCAGAGGCGAAUAAGAAACAGAUAGUUCAAAUGUUAAUCUCCAUCGUCUGCAUGUACACGGUUUGCUGGCUCCCAACGAUCGUCGACGAGCUUCUGACGUCCUUCGGGUACAUUUGUCGAACAUCAAAUACGCAGACAUUGAAGCAUAUGCGGAUGGGAUUUAAUGCGCUGACCUAUUGCCAAUCAUGCAUUAAUCCUAUCCUGUAUGCCUUCAUUUCUCAGAAUUUCCGGUCCACGUUCAAGACCGCCUAUUCGAGAAUGAAAAGUCGUCUUCAGGGCGUGGAAGAAAUGCGCUCUCGUAUGGGAUCGUGCUCUUCGGCGAGCAUGAUGUCGACCCGCAACCAGCACCGAAUCUACGGGUCCAGCUUCAACACACUCACAGUGCCCGGUCGCUCCAUGAUCACUCCGAACAUGUCACGCGACGUCUCACAGUUGUCAUUGUGCAGGCCGACGUCGCAAAUGUCGUUCUGCCGACCGAAGAGUCCAAUGGCCGGAGACUCUCCGUCGACUUUCAUGAGACAUCGUCCUAGAUCGCCAACCGACGUGUCCCAUGAUUCCGGAAGACCACGUAGCCCCACGGAUCUUUCGCAGUCGACAAAGCCUUCGCGACGAUCCUCCUCUAUAAGACCCCGUAGCCCAACAUCGACAUCUCAAAUGUCUACCAUAGUCCGAUCGAGAAGUCCUACAGGCGCAUCGGACACCUCUUCAUUGUUCCCAUCAAGAACAAGAAGUCCAACUCUCCAAUCAAACACAUCUGGUCAAUCCAUGGAACGAACCACGGACCGACUGAGUGUCCGUGACGCUGUCCGACCAAAAACACCGCCAGCAGUGGUUGUCUAGAGACUUUUCCUUUCGAUUCUAAACUUUUUUCCUCUUAUUUCUCUAAUUCUCUUUAUAUCUGCAAUUUGUUCUUCGAUUCGAAAUCUAAAUCAAAUAUGUUUUAAA